AUGCAACCCCAGGAGAGAGCUAUCCAGUACAGCCGGUGGAAGGACGACAGCCAGGAUGAAGUCAACAUGGUGGACAUGUCUGACAAUGAGGGGGCCUCACUCUGCCAGAGGGUCUACCAGAAGCUGUGUACCGGCAAGCUGGGCAUCGCAGUGAAGGUGGUGGGCGGAGUGGCCCUCUUCUGGGUCAUCUUCAUCCUGGGCUAUGUCACCGGUUACUACGUGCACAAGUGCAAAUAA